CCGCGCCCCCAGGCCCCGCCCCCGACCGGCGAGGCCCCGCCCCCGGCCGGUCCUCAAACCCGGUCCCUGCGGCGCGCGCGCAGCCGUGCGGCCCCUCCCAUUGGCCGCGCCGCCUGCCCGUCGCGGGGCCCGUGGCAGCGCUUCAGGUCGUCGGGCGCCGGCGCUCGGUGGCGGCGGCGGCGGCUGCGGGUGGCGGCGGCGGCGGUGGCGGCUGCGCUGCGCGGCGCGGGCGGCGGACGCGCCUCUGGGGCCGGGCCGGGCCUUGGGGGACCGGGACGAGUCAGGGUCGGGCCGGCGGCGGCCGGGGGACCGCGACGAUGACUCUGGAGUCCAUGAUGGCGUGUUGCCUGAGCGACGAGGUGAAGGAGUCGAAGCGCAUCAACGCGGAGAUCGAGAAGCAACUGCGGCGGGACAAGCGCGACGCCCGGCGCGAGCUCAAGCUGCUGCUGCUCGGGACUGGCGAGAGCGGCAAGAGCACCUUCAUCAAGCAGAUGCGCAUCAUCCACGGCGCCGGCUACUCGGAGGAGGACAAGCGCGGCUUCACCAAGCUGGUGUACCAGAACAUCUUCACCGCCAUGCAGGCCAUGGUGCGCGCCAUGGAAACGCUCAAGAUCCUCUACACGUAUGAGCAGAACAAGAAGCACGCCAGCCUGGUGAUGACCCAAGACCCCUAUAAAGUGACUGCGUUUGGGAAGCCAUAUGCAGUGGCCAUGCAGUACCUGUGGCGCGAUGCGGGCAUCCGCGCCUGCUACGAGCGCAGGCGUGAAUUCCACCUGCUGGACUCUGCAGUGUACUACCUGUCACACCUGGACCGCAUCGCUGAGGAGGGCUACAUCCCCACAGCGCAGGACGUGCUGCGCAGUCGCAUGCCCACCACAGGCAUCAAUGAAUACUGCUUCUCCGUGCAGAAAACUAAGCUUCGCAUCGUAGAUGUUGGUGGCCAGAAGUCGGAGCGUAAGAAAUGGAUCCACUGUUUCGAGAAUGUCAUAGCCCUCAUCUACCUGGCCUCCCUGAGCGAGUAUGAUCAGUACCUGGAGGAGAAUGACCAGGAGGUGAGGGAGCUGUCAUCACAGGCACGGUGCCUUUGGGGGUCGAGGACGCCCCACUCGGAGCAGGACGCCACACCUGCCUGA